AUGUCAGAUCUCAUAGAUACUCACAUCCAUGUCUUGCCGCCGGCCUAUGUUGACGCCAUUGAAGCGGCUGGAGGCGACCCGUCCGGGUUUCCAUCUCCUGAGUGGUCUUUCGGGGCUACGUUGGAGUCCAUCAACGCCACCGGAACUUCAGUUGCAAUAUUGUCAGUCUCAGCUCCAGGUGUCUCGAUCGCUGGAACUGGGGAGGUUGCACUGAAGCUUACUCGCGACUUGAACCAAUACUUGGCCGAACAAACGAGACGAACAGAAGCUAAACAAAGGCUUGGUUUCUUUGGUGUAUUGCCAGACUGGCAGGACGUUGAGGGCACUAUUGCAGAGUUGGAAUUUCUUUACCAACAUCAGAAGCUUUGCUUCGGCGUAACCGUCUUCACGUCUUACGGAGGAAAGCUUUUGGGGGAUCGGCAAUUUCAACCCAUUUGGGAGAGGUUACAGUCCUACAAGGCACUAGUUUUCAUCCACCCAACAUCCCUCGAAGUUGAACCGCGGCAUAUCGCCAGCAACCUUCCGCAGCCAAUCGUCGAUUAUCCUUUAGCGACCACUCGAACGGCGGUUGAUCUUGUUUUAACCGGAACACUGAGCAAAUGUCCCGAUGUUGAUGUGAUUUUGUCCCAUGCAGGUGGGACUCUGCCCUUCAUAGCCAACAGAAUCAUGGGCAGUCUACAAAGCCAUUCAGUCAAAAAGAUGAUGUCAAUCGACUUUGGAACAGCUAAGGAAACAUUUUCCCGGUUCUACUACGAUAUAGCCCUAAGUUGCAGCUCAGCUCAGCUUAACGGAUUGCUUGACUUUGCGGCUCCGUCACAUAUACUGUUCGGUUCUGACUUUCCCUAUUGUCCUCCAUCCGUCAUUGGCAAGCAAGUCCAAUUGUACAGUGCCUUCGUCACAACUGAGCCCCGAGGAAGAGUAAUAACACCUCACAUUGUGCGCCAGAAUUCGCGUCGCCUUUUGACAAAGCAUCAACAGAAUCAACAAAUCGACUGGGAUUUCAAAGUACAUCUAGACAGGAGAGCCGUUUCGAAAAUAUAA